ACCAGCAAUAUCCUCCAAAAUCCCAUUAAUUCUUCUUCCUGAACUUGAUUCCACGUGGUGGCAUGUCUUUUCUUGUGUCAUUUGUCCAUAAUAGACAUGAAUCGGUUAUCUACCAUCACAGGAAUACUGCCUUGUAUGUGCUCUUGUAAGCUCAACAGAGAUGCCCACCUUGUGGGUUUCGGGUUUGGAGUUGAGUUGCAGAGAAAGCAGCGGUUGAAGAGGAAGUUUAAGUUUGCUGUGAGUGCGGACUUGUCAAGGGCUUUCUCUCCGAGAUUGGGUUUGGACUCUCAGAAUGUUGUCCAGUCUUAUGAUCUAUCGCAGUUUCCUUGGAUUGGUCCAAUUCCUGGGGAUGUUGCUGAAAUUGAGGCAUAUUGUAGAAUAUUUAGCACAGCUGAACGACUUCAUGCUGCGUUGAUGGACACAUUAUGCAAUCCUGUGACCGGGGAAUGUGGUGUUUCAUAUGAUUAUGAGGAAAAACCGUUAUUGGAAGAUAAAAUAGUGUCCGUGCUUGGUUGCAUGCUAUCACUUUUAAAUAAAGGAAAAGGUGAUGUUCUUUCAGGAAGAUCUUCCAUCAAGAAUUCCUUUCAUGCCACAGAUGUAAGCAUGAUGGAGGAUAAGCUUCCUCCACUUGCCAUUUUUAGGAGUGAGAUGAAGAGGUGUUGUGAGAGUUUGCAUGUUGCUCUUGAAAACUAUUUUACACCUGAUGAUAAUCGAAGCUUGGAUGUAUGGAGGAAACUGCAGAGGCUGAAGAAUGUCUGCUACGAUUCUGGCUUCCCCCGUUAUGAUGAUUACCCUUGUCAUACGCUGUUCGCAAAUUGGAGUCCUACUUAUUUAUGCACUUCUAAAGAAGACAUGACAUCCGUGAAUUCUGAAGUAGCAUUUUACAGUGGUGGUCAGGUAACAGAGGAAGGUUUGAAUUGGUUAAUUGAGAAGGGAUUCAAGACCAUUGUAGACCUCAGAGCAGAAACUAUAAAAGAUAACUUUUAUCAAGCAGCUGUAGAUGCUGCUGUGUUGUCUGGAAAAUUUGAAUUGAUUAGAAUUCCUGUUGAAGUUAGGACAGCUCCUUCAGUGGAGCAGGUUGAGAAGUUUGCAUCUUUAGUUUCAGAUUACAGCAAAAGGCCCAUCUAUCUUCAUAGUAAGGAAGGGGUAUGGAGGACUUCUGCAAUGAUCUCCAGAUGGAGGCAGUACAUGAUGCGCAGUGCAUCUCUGUUCAGUACUCCCAGUGAUAUGGUACAACAAGAUACCAAUGAAACCAGAGAAUUGCAGGCACCUUCUAUUAUAGAAGAGACGUCCCUCCUGGAACAGAAAAAUGGAUCACUGAAAGAGGCUUUGGAUAAACUUCAUGGUUUAAAUGGAGUGUCAAAUGAAUUUGCGUCUCCACUUAAUGAUGAAAUGGGCCAAAGCCUUAAUGGGGCCUACAAUGGUCUUGUUUCUGUUCAGGAUACAACAUCUAUAGAAACACUUGUUAAUGAGGGAAAAUUUUCAGAAAACGUCUGCGGGGAAACUGACCCUCUCAAGGCUCAAAUUCCUCCUUUUAAUAUCUUCUCCAAAGCAGAGAUGUCCAGCUUUUUUAGGACUAAGAGAAUUUCACCUCCCAUUUAUUCAAGUUAUCAGUUUUGCAAGUUCAACAAGUCGCCUGUUUCAACAGAAACACAUUUUAGGAAGGUGCAAACAAGUGAGAUUGUGGGUGUUGAUCCCAUGUCAGGGCUUGAGGGGGCAAAAAGAUCCAGUGGAUCAGCUAGUAGUGAAAAUCUAUCUCCAGAACUUGAGAACUCUUCUAUUGAAGGUCAGAAUCAUCUGAAAAGCAGUAGUUUGAUAUCUAUUGGUUCAAAUUUGCAUGCAUUCAGUGAAGGGGAAAGGUAUUCCGUUCCCGAAAUUAAUGUUGGUACGAUUGUGAAGGACAGCUUAAAUGAGCAUGUUACAUCUAAAUCUGUUGAUGGUCAGGCAUUAGGCUUCAGUGAUGAUGAGUUGGGCUCAAUUGAAGGAGACAUGUGUGCUUCUGCAACUGGGGUUGUAAGAGUGCAGUCAAGAAGGAAAUCAGAAAUGUUUUUAGUAAGAACUGAUGGUUUUUCUUGUACCAGAGAAAAGGUCACUAAAUCUUCCUUGGCCUUCACUCAUCCAAGUACCCAGCAACAGAUGCUUAUGUGGAAAUCAACACCAAAGACUGUAUUGCUGUUGAAGAAGCUGGGGAAGGAACUCAUGGAAGAAGCUAAAGAGGUUGCCUCUUUCCUUUAUCACCAAGAGAAAAUGAAUGUGCUUGUUGAACCUGAUGUUCAUGACAUAUUUGCCACAAUCCCAGGAUUUGGAUUUAUUCAGACCUUUUACAGUCAAGAUACUAGUGAUCUUCAUGAAAGGGUUGAUUUUGUGGCAUGCUUGGGGGGAGAUGGGGUUAUACUCCAUGCAUCAAAUUUAUUUAGAGGUGCUGUUCCUCCUGUUGUAUCCUUUAAUCUUGGAUCUCUUGGAUUUCUGACUUCUCAUAAUUUUGAAGACUACAAGCAGGACUUAAGACAGGUCAUUCAUGGGAAUAAGACAGUGGGUGGUGUUUAUAUAACCCUCAGAAUGCGCCUCCAUUGUGAAAUAUUUCGCAAUGGUAAAGCAGUUCCUGGGAAAGUUUUUGAUGUCCUAAAUGAGGUGGUUGUUGACCGGGGUUCUAAUCCAUAUAUUUCAAAGAUUGAAUGUUAUGAACAUGAUCGACUUAUAACCAAGGUGCAAGGUGAUGGAAUCAUAAUAGCCACACCUACUGGAAGUACUGCUUAUUCUACAGCUGCAGGAGGUUCCAUGGUUUGGUCCGGUUCGAAAUCAUUGGUUCAAUCCGGUUUGGAACCGCCGGUUCACGGUUCUUGAAAAAUAUGAACCCGAACCAAACCGCAUAAGGACUAUUUCGGUCUGGUUCGAAGUCGGUUUCGAUUUUGACCAGUUUUGGUCCGGUUUUGACCGAACCGGUUUCAGUUCGGUUCCGGUUCAUAACCGAACCGUGGCCACCCUGGGAUUGUUUAUUCCACUUGUUUCUCUCUCCCCUUACUAUUGCACCUUGAUAGGAGACAUAAAAUUGGUAUUCCCAGUGCAUGAGGCUCCUGGAUUAUGAGGAUAGUUGGGGGAGUGUCAUUAAGAGUAUGUUGUGUACUUGUGUCUUCGGUAAAUGACUUCAUUAAAUAAAUUCUGUACAUUGUGCUGUCUUGGAACUGUCACUAAUAUAUCAGCAUGACAUGCAGAUGCUUAGGAGCUAUUGAUGUGAUCUUACACUGAGACGGGGAGAGAAAAGCUUUAGUUUAGUUAUUACAUGGUAGAAUGGAUAAACCUAAGGAUUUCUUUUUAGGUAUUAUUCACUUUACUGUGGAUGUCCUAACUUAAAAUUUUAAAAUUCUCCACUUCCUGCACCCUAACAUCAUUCAAACGAUAACAUCCCCUGCAUAUAUCCAUACCUGGCUCUUCCAUCAAUUAAAUUUCUGUAACAACCUUUAAAACCCUGUCUUUCUUCUUCCAGAAAACACUUUAACCAGGUCUUGUGAUUCCAGCAAAUCAAGCUGCAUCUUUUAUCUAAAACAUCAAUCAGUCUGUUGACUCUGUUCUCUACUAAACCUAUGAAUCUUGCACCUCCUUGUUCAAUUUUUACAAGCCUUAACUCACCAUAAAAAUAUGAGAUUGACCUGAAUCCAUCUCAGUUAAGCUUCAAAACAGGCUCUAUUGUGCAAUUAAACCAAUGCUUCAUAAGCUUCCUUUGAUCUGGCAUUGAAGUGUUAAUAUUUUGAUUUAUACAAGUUAGCAAAUUUAAUGUGCAUAUGUCAUUGAUAAAUUUGAUAAGUAUAUCCAAAAUAAAUAAAAUGGAAUGAAAGAAAUAAGAAAAAAAAAUUUUGAAAAAU